GUACUACGAAAGUGUGCAGUAUCUACCCAGAUUGUGCAAAAAGGAAGGGGUACCACAUGCCAACGGUGGGGAUGAUCCUUAUGAGAGAAGCACAAACGGGGUGAGGAACCAACACUUAGAUGGGAACACCCUGAAGGAAAGAGCUUCAGUGGUGCACGAAAUGGACAAAAAACUUCUAGAAGUAAAUACAAAUGGUGUAAAGGAGAUGCAUAAGAGAGACAAGAAACGAGGUUCGAAAAAAGCCAAGAGGCGCAGCACUGAUAAUCAUGCGAACACAGGGAAAGGGGAAAAGAAAAAGAAAGCACACAUACUUGGGGGGAAUAAUAAAUCCUUCAACGUGAAGGAGUACCAGACUCUCAAUUAUGAGGAAACAUUACAAAAAAAGAGAAGGAGCAAGGGAACUGCCAAUUUUACCUAUCCCUUUAAUGACAUAACAAACGGAUGUAGAGCGGAAGAAGGAAAAUCAUUUUAUCAAGAUGACGCGAGUGAUCUGUUCGAAAAUGAUGAGAAGGUAAGAAUCCCACCAGGAAAUUGCACCCUUCCUUGCGAUAACAAUUUUAACAGCUUCAAUAAUUACUUAAUAUAUAAGAGAGACUUUUUAAAAUACAGCUCUUGGAAGGAAAACCACCUUUAUGUCUCUCUGAAGGAGGUAGAAUGUUACGAUCAAGAGAGGCACAAUAGGAAUGGACUUUCACACAAAAGUGUAAAUAAACAUGGGAGCAAAAGUAAGAAGACCAAAAAAUGCUUCAAUUUUUACAUUCACUUGUACGCUUCUAGCAUUAACCUAGAUCCAUACUUCAUUUCGACGUACAACUUUUACCUAGUCAACAAUUUAAACAAAAACUUAAUUGCAUACGAUAUCAAAGAAACGAAGGAUUAUUUCAUUCAUAAGUAUAAGGAAAUGAAACACUACUACAGGCAGACAGUUGGGUGGAGUGAGCAUUUGGAGAAUGGAAGAACUGAAUUCACGGCGAAUUCGUCGGAGGAUGAGGAGAUACUGGGAAGGGUAAAAAAGGUUGGUAUGGGGAGAAGGCAUAUGGAGAAGAAUCUUCAAGGGGGAGGUCCCACAGGAUGUGGUGGCAUAUACGAUGAGGAACAUUUGAGGCAAGAUGCGGAGGAGGGGAAAAAACCCGAUGAGCAAACCACACGCGAAGAGCUGUUCUCCUUCAGCCCACCCAAGACGCUAAAGUUGUUCCGCCUGAUGAAUUCCCUUAACAACCUUACGAACAAAAUUAAGGAAAAACUAAAAAAUGACAAGGUCAUAAUUAAUGUAGAUAUAAAAAACGUAGAUGUUAAUGUGCUUGAUUGCUCCUAUAUUUACGAGAGUAAAUAUUUGCUAGUAGACCAUGUGCACCCCUUUUACAAUAACCAGUAUGUGUACAUGUCGAAGGAAGAGUACGAACGAAUUAGGAGAAAAAAAGGGAACCAUUCUAACGACUUUUCAAAUCUUGAAUCGAUGGAAAACAAACAUUUUUCUAGCACUAUUAAUAAUCUAAUCUUCAAUAGACUUACAAAUUAUUAUGAUGACAACUCUUUCUAUAUCGUUUCUAUUAAUGCCAAUAAAGUUAAGAGGAUUUCUAUACAGCUCUAUUCCACAGUCAUAUUGAACAAUAUUGUCAAGCAAGAAAAUGUGAAUGACGUGUUGAGUGUCAUUGUGUACAACUACAGAAUGAAGUUUUCAAGUCUUAAGAUAAAAAAAGUAAGGAACUUAAGGAAGGAUGGGAAGCACGACAUAAUGAAUAUCCUCGAUGAAAUGGGUCUGGAUGAAACGGAAGAUACCGCAAAGAGAAAAAAAAAAGAAAAACAUAGAAAAGGGAGGAGAUGGAAACCUGAGAGGAAUAGACACCUUAAUAUGUACAAACAGAUCUCAAGGAGUUAUAAGGACAGACUAAAUAUGUAUAGCUCUCUCAACAAGGACAGCUUGAUCGAAAGCACUAAAAAUGUUCUCUACGAUGAUAUGAUAAGGAGCAACAAUAAGCUGCAUAACUUGGGGUGGUUCGCGAGUAUUGAUCCGGCAGAAGGGGGGGCAUCGUUUAUACCCACUCCCCCAACUGCGUCGUCUUGGUCGUCCUCCGAACCCACAUCGGUGCCGGUGUCAGCGCCGACAUCCUCAGCCACAUCUGCUGCCACAUCCGCGGCGACUUUUCCGGUGAGCUCUGCCCAGUCCACGUCGAUUUACUCCCUCCUGUCGUAUGACUCAAACGUCGAAAAGGCAGUCUCACAAAUGCGUGACGAUGUGCAAAAAGGCAGAAGGCACAGAUCGACCUGUGAACCCUUUCGUCUAUCGAAGAGGAGAAAACUAAAAGAGGCCGCUUUGCAAAUAAGAAGAAGACACAGGAGAGAGAGCAACAGCUUCUCUGACAGUAUAUACACAAAGCAUUCCACCUCGCUAAGACAGCAAGUGGACCAGUUUAAUGAUGAGAAUGGAAAAACGGUGAGUUUCCACAAUUUUUGGACCCCAAGUAGACACAACGUAGAUGAUCAUGUGGAAAAUGAGCGAAGAAUAAAGAAAAAAAAAUUGAAAAAUAAAUUUUAUAAUUAUAUUAAGAAGAUAUAUAACAAUAUGACGUCGAAGCAGAAGAAGAAAAAACUAAUCCUAAACAACAUCGUUGAGAAUAAUAAAUGGUCUGUUAGUGUAGAAAAUCUGAUUUUCUAUUUACCCCAGUUUAAAAAGGGCUUUAAAUUUUACCUAUAUUUGAACAAGUUUAUCAUAUACGACUAUAACCAAAUAAAGAUAUGCAACAACAUUUCUCAGUUUAGGUUAUUCCUUGGCAGUAAUGCAGAGAGGAGGUACCUCCAGCUAUGCAACAAAAUAAUGCGCACGUUUAGUCACCUACAUCUCAAUAGAGAUUUAUUCAAAGGAAACUUGAGGAGAAAAAUUGUGCUACAAAAACUGAAGCACGAAAUAUAUAAUAAUCAGGUCUAUGUGAUAGCAAAUGAGGGCAUAAACAAUAUCGACUUUGUUUUGGACGUGAAAAAUACAAGACUUACUUUGCACAACCAGACAACCAUGGAUUUAGUGAACUACUUCACCGAACUGUGCAUCAGCACCUUUUCAUUCCUCUAUGUAUAUUCUGUCUACCCGGAGGUAUCCUUUUCUACCGUCUCCCAUCUGACUUCGUGCAUGAAUGUAGACAAUUUUCAGAAGGGACUCCUCCUAUAUAACAACCUACUGAAGAACUACAUCGGCACUUGUAAAAGUGGAAAGCCACAGAAUGGCAGCCUCAUGAGCAUCUCUUCGCGUAACAACAGCAGCAGAAGCAGCAGCAACAACGACAACAACAACAACAACGCGAAUGUGUCGUUCGCAAGUGCGUGCAACAUGGUGGAUUUGGAGAGACCCCUCUUUGAGCAGGCCCACAGUUGUGAAGACCCAAACAGAAGCGAUAACAACAGUGUGAACAGCCUGGACCGCGCGGAAAAAGCGAAGCGAAGUGGAAAGGCGAACGUAACACACGAGAGACGACAAAAAAGAAGCGAACAAACAGAGCAUAACAACUUUACUCGAGCGCGUUAUGCGAAAAAAUCCAUCGACGGAAGCGAACACGCCUCGGACAUUAGCAACAUAAAUAUGCUGAUGGAAAAAAUGAUUUCGUACAAAAAUAAAAUAAAUUAUAAGUACCUAAUUAUGAACAAAUUCGAAUACCAAACAAAGGCGCACAAUUCGCUGAAAGAAUUGCAUGACAAGAAUUACUACUUCCUAGCGUUUGUAAGUAACAAUUUGCUCUUUUUCUUAUAUUUCUACACCAAGUAUAAAACGGUGCUGAAUUUCGUGUCUACUGAGGAUGUAUUCAGCCUGAGACCCAACUACAUUUAUCCUAUAAGACGCAUUAAUCACCGCGCACUGGUGAAGGCAAACAAGAUUUGCGAAAAUAUAAGAUCGAAGAAGAAGUUCAUACAUGUAGGCAAGAAAUAUAUGCAGAGGGAACAACUCAAAGUUUCUACCUCCAAAAUAAUGGAAAAGAAAAAAAAAAGAAAGAGGAAAUUGAAAAAAUACAUGAGGUAUAAUAAGCAGGAGGGGGGACACACUACAGACAGGGAGAUGAACCCUUUGUAUGAACCCAAUGUAAGCUCGCCUCUCUAUUGGAAAGAACAUUCAUAUAGUCCUGGGGAGAAAGAAAAGAAAGAGAAAAAGGAAUUGUUCCCUGUAAAGCAUCGCAAGAUGGAAAAGUACAACACCCACGAUAAUACCAACCCUGUUUCUAUAAAAAACGAAUAUGAAGAGAUCAUUCCGUGUAACAGCUUAGGCAGCUUGAGAAAUCAAAAAACGAUCGUAAAAUCCGGGUCAAUUAUUUAUGAUAAGAUGAACAAUGACGGAGAGGAGGAGUACAAGAAGAAGGAAGAUAUCAAGGAGGAUGUUCACGAAGUUAAGGGCUUUUCUACAAAACUAAAAACUACCAUAAAAAAAUUAUUUACCCGAAAGUUAUCCUCCCACGUGUUGGGGAAUAAGAACCACGGGGAUGACAAAAAAAGAGACAGCAUGUCGAACACGUCCAACGAGUUAUUCUCCACGGACUAUAACUCAGUGAUGCAUAAACUAAGGGACAGAUCCGACGUCAGCUCGGUAAAAAACCACUUAACUUCAUUCAAUAAUGUACACUUUUUUCGAAAUAAAUGCAUUUCUUUAAAAAUGAAGGUAAGCCAAUUCGAAACGUGGGUUAUCCAAGAAGAUCUGUUCAAUGUGCAGGAUGAGAAGAAGAGAAAUGUACGGGUCAGCUCAUUUCUGAAAAAGCAAAAAAACAACUUUUUCACGUCUUCCUCUCUGGACAAUCAUAAACCAUCAAAGGGGGAAAAACAAAUGAGAGGUAACAGACGAUCGAGCAAAAACAUGAUAUGUGCAUCGAAUAGCUAUGGGGAAGAUUACCUAUAUGAGCAAGUGGAGGAAGCCCAAAACUUGAGCAUGAAAUCUGUUAGCUCUACCAACUCUGGCAGUAACGUAAACAUCCUGAACAUUUUGGAAAAAUCCAAAAAUUAUUUCAACACAUUUAUGAAUAAGAAAAUCAACAAGCAGAUUUUUUACCUUGCCAAAAAGAAGGUCUCCAAAAAUGAUUUCGAAGAUUUGAACGAAAAUGCAAAAGCGGCCAUUAGAAAGAAAAAGAAUAAUGUUAAGGAAAAGGAGAUGGAAAAAAGAAUGGUCACAUUGAACGUGGGGAAUUCCACCGAUUCCCACAUCUGGCUUGACUCCUCCUCUAGCAGUGACUACACCUACCGUAAAGACAAAGCGUUGUCACUCUUUUUAGGCAAGUCAAAUAGCAACAUGAACAUUUAUGCUGAUAGAUAUGUUGGGGAGAAGGAUCUCUUUAAAGCCAUGGCAAACCAAAAAAUAAAGAAAUGGAAUGAGUACCACAAGUGGGAGAAGAAAAAACAAAAAAGGAAAAACAUAAGAGAAAACAAUAGGAAUAUAUGCCUCUCCAUCAUUUUUAGUGUAGACACAUAUUACAAGGAACAGAAAAAAUUGGACUCCUCAAAGUUUAAGAUAGAAGUGAAUAACUUAAACAUCAUGUUAGGGAAGUGCUUCAACUUUAGUGACAUUUAUGACCAGCUGAAGUUGUACAGAAGCGGCAAUAACUUCAGGCCUUCCGUCUACGCCUCGGGAAUUCUCGAUUUAAAUCAACUACAUGACGCUUCUAACAGGGAGAGGAAUUAUGCGUACCUGAAAAAAUUCCCCAAUCGAAACGACAAUAUUUCUAGCACCGAAAUGGAAUACGCCUUUUAUGAUAACACCAACUUUUAUAAUAUAUACUACAACGAGAUGAGGGAUGUAAAGAUGGCCAGGCGGAUGAUCAGAAGUGGGAAGCGCAGGGGAGGUAGGCGUAGCCAUCAUCACGUUGCGCAUGGUAAUCUCGCGCAUAGGGGGAAUACCCUCAGUCGAGAAGAAGUGCCUACUGAUGGAGCAAUCAGUGUGGAAAAGGAAUUAGACAGAUACCUAAGCGGUGGAGGAAUAACCGAUGAUUUAUCUUGCGAGGCAGAAAACGAGCCAUUCAAUCCGGCAAAGAAAAGCAUAACGUUCAGUUUUAUGCACGAAGCGGAGUUCUCCGAGCACGCGAAAAAAAGACGUCACAACUUUGCAAAGGAUAUGUCCAAAUGGAACAACUGCCAGUUUUACGGUAACCACUCACGAAAGCACAACCAGGUGAAGAAGGAACUGGCGAGACACACUAACCUGUUUAUACUCAAAAAUAAGAACAAAAUUAUUUACAAAGACAAAUUUAACAUUUUCUUAAAUCAUAACAAUAAUAUAUUUAUGCCAAACAUUAAGGACGAAAACGACUGGUUGCUGAGCAUCAACAGUGUGUAUUUAUUUGCAAAUUCUCUAAGUACGAAAAGGUCCUUUAAUGUAAGUUGCCACGAACUCCUCAUAAAUUUAACCAUAGACAAUAUAAAAGAGAUGUAUAAACUGCAAACCAAUUUUAGCUACAAUAUUUACUACGCAGGAUUUUACAGAAAUUAUCUUUCCUUUGUAAGAAACAUUUAUGUGCUUCCAUUUCUGCACAAGGACAAAACGUGUACCGAAAAAUCAAACGAAAAAUUGAAGAUAAAUGGGGUAUACCUAAAUAGCAUGAACAAGCUGAAGUUGUUGGACAAAAAUACUCUACACAACAAGUUUAAGGUAACGAAACGAAUGAACUCAACGUAUAGGAAUUUGUAUGGAGUAAAGUAUUCCAGAAAAUGCAUAGACUCGGGUGAUGUGUACCCACCUAUUAGUCUUAAGAGCCCAUGUGGAAAGGAAGACCCAUAUGACACACUCCCGACUGGGACAACCCCCCAAUGGAAUGACGGAAUGGACAGACACCCCUCAGAGGAUAGCUCGCCAAAUGCUAACAACAAAUUUGGCAUACUAUCGAAAAAAAGAGAAGGCGUAUUAAUAAAAGAUAAGUCCCAGUGCAGAAAUAAAUGUAUCUCCUUUAAUGACAUGAACGAACUAAUUGGAGAGACUGAUGAAGAGAGGAACGAGAAAACUGCGCAAAAAAAGGACGAACAGGAAGGAGAUGUGUACAACCUGAUUAGGGAAAAGACGUUACUUGUUCACGACAUGGAGGAAGAUGAAAAUUACAUCAACAAUGAUAUCAAAACGAUGUACACUGUUCGUAAAUAUUUCCUCAUCAAAAAUUUUAAUAUAUACAAAAAAAUGGUCCAUUAUUAUGCAAAAAUGCAGACUUUUAUCGAUCUGGAAGAGAGAAACACCAAGUACACUGAAAUUAUUCAUACAUUGAAAGAAGCCUAUGUGAAGAUAGAGAAGUACCGGGAGAAUCUCUACUACCUGUACAGUCAGCUAUUUUCCAUAAUUAGAUAUAUUAACGACGAGAAAAAUAUCAUAUGCCAUGGACUUGUCUUCCUAAAGCUACUCAAUUGUCUGUACUCAUAUAGCAAUAAAUAUGUCACCAAUUUGUUUUACUACUUGUUCGUUUUUUCGAAAUAUAAUAAAUUUGCUGAUUAUUUGUGUAAUAUACAGAAAUAUUUUGAUUACAAAUAUUUUACCUACUUUACCAACAAGAUUGGAAAUGUGGAUGCGUGUCAUGUUGGAGAAAGGAUGAGUAAAGAGCUUACACAUUCGGUCAGUUAUAAUAACAGUGGGGUGUUGUCUCCUCAUGAGAAGGAAAUCUCCAUGCUACCCAACAGUGGAAGUAGCCCCAUCAUGAACGAGAACUUUGCCGUACAGAAGGAGAUAAACGAGAAUAUUAAGGAGGAAAUGCUUAAAGAGAACGAAGUGACCAAAAAGAACUUGUCAUGUUUCAUUAUUUCUGCCCUUCUUUAUCUCUACCAGCCGUACAUGUGCAGACAUAAAAAAUGCGCUCCCAUGACAAAUAGGAAGAAGGAGAAUUUGAAGAGAAUGUUCAAACGGAAGCAGCACCUUUCGUCCCUCUCGGAAGAAGAUGGUCUGCUGCUGCGCCAAAACAGCGCCUUUUACGAAAUGGGCCAAGGUGACGAAGCGAAACAUACACAUGUAGGGAACCAAAUCAGCCGAGAAAUGACCGCCGAACUGAACGACAUAUACAGGAUGGAAAACGGAAUGGAAGAAAACCUACUGUCGACUAACUUGGAUGCGAUCAACUCAAAAGAAGGCAAAGAAACAGAAAUGAGGAAAAACAAAUCGUACAUGUUUCACAAAAAGGGAAUAAAGAUAAAGAUAAAAAUUCGAGUGAACAAUAUAUGCCUCAAAAUACACCAGCUAAACAAGGAAAAUAUAUUAACGCUAAAUCUGUACGACUUGAAUUACUACAUGUUUACCUGUCUCUAUCAGUAUCAUUUUUUUUUUCACAAGACGAAUGAGCAUGUUGGUUUUUACCUGAACGACAAGGUGGAAAAAAUUAAAUUUGAAGAUAUCUACGCUAUCACAGAAAAAAGUGAAAUGAAGAAAAGAGUCAACAGCAAUUUGUAUAUGGACAGUCUAUGGUACGAAUUAUCCGCUGAAGAAUCUGCCAUUCAGGACGAACUGUACAACAUUCAAUGGGCAAAUAAAAAGGAGAAAAAAAACAAAAACUGUAUUAAAAUGCACUUGACUUUUAAAGUAGGCUUAAAAACCUAUGAUAAUAUGUACAACAUUCAGGACAAUAUAAUCAACACCAUAACGUUCAACUUUCUAAUAAAUGAGAAGUUUAAAUAUUUUCCUAUUUUGCAUAUCCACUUCUACACCACAAGCAUCAACUUGAACAUAACCACUUCGUUCCUCUACUUGUACAAAUACUUGUACUCAAAUUUAAAUUUUAAGAAAGACUUCAAUGAUGUGAAGAACUCCAAUAUUGAGAUUUACAAUGACCUCCACUCAGAAAUUAUCAUUUUUUACAAAACGAGGACGAAGAAUAACAACUACACGUGGAAGCUGAACAUUAUAGACAAGAACGAAUACCACCAGUUUCCAUGCGAGUGCCUCUAUUUUUGUAUUAACAAGAAAAAGGAGAAAAAGAAGAUGAACUCUGAGCUUUACGAAAUGAAUAGGAACUCUGAAGAUUUCAUUAUCACCAAUGAACACGACUUGAAUAGCAUUUUCAGGGACAUUUGCAAAAUUGGCUUUAAAAAAAGGAACCUUCACAAUUCAGUGGCGAAGCAUGAGAAGCACCUCCUCUAUGACAACACUCAGAGCGUGUAUGACAUCCUGCAUCAGUUCACCUACCGGAUGCCCUUCCUCUACAAGAAUCACGAGAACGACAACAAAAUUAUCAACAUAAUAAAGAAGAAGCCCUCCUGGAUUUACAUCGGCGUGCUGUACACGGACGAUUUGUACUCCCGCGCGUAUAAGGUUCCGAAUGUAAGUGGCGAGUGA